CGCCGCCACCGCCCCGCGCGGCCGCUCUUCCCGGUGUUUUCCGGGGUCAAGCGUCCCUGCCCGGGCAGCCUGCCGCUCGGGCCCGCCUGCGCGGAAAGCCGGGAGGAUGGGCAGCGCGGCGAGCGUCGAGCUUGCAGCCGCCUUUAACACGUCCCGCCGCCGCGCGUGGCCUCUCGUCGUAGGCUGCAGGCUCCGGACCGCGGUGCUUGCGGGACGGCUGGGCGGCCGGCACUGAAAAAGCCGUACAGGCGUUCAUCCUAGGGCUGGGAAGAGGGUCCUGCUUAGCCUCCGUCUUUCACGGAGGAUGCGGAAGGCACGGUCAUGGAAAAGAAACCGCAUUUCGUUAGGAGGGAGUUUCUUCCCAGAGAGGUGCCAUCCAUCUCGCUGGCGUUACUGCUUGCGGCCGUCCUGCUCCUUAAUGCCCUUCUCUACCUGUACCUCAACAAGUUUUACAACUCUCUGGGACGUGUCGAAACGGACCCCGGCCUCUGCCCUUUUGGGCAUUUCAAAUUCGGAGCGGUGAAGAAUUGUUCCCCGUGGCUUUCCUGCGAGGCCAUAAAUAGGGAAGUCAGGAAACUCAAGUGUGUUGGUGAAGGUGCUGUGAAAAAGGUCUUCCUUUCUGAGUGGAAGGAAAAGAAAGUGGUCCUUUCACAGCUCACCAACUCAGAGCUGAAGGAGGACUUUCUCCAUGGACUGAAGAUGCUGAAAGCCCUUCAGAGCAAGUAUGUUGUCCGGCUGCUUGGCUACUGUGAGCAGCAGUUCACAAUCCUCACCGAGUACCAUCCUCUUGGCUCACUGAGAGGCCUGAAUGAAACUCUCCACAUUCCCAAAUACAAGGGCAUGAACACCUGGCAUCGCAGGCUGAUGCUUGCUAUAGACUACGUGAGCAUCAUUCGGUACCUGCACAGCAGCCCUCUGGGUACCUUAGUGAUGUGUGACUCAAAUGACCUGGAUAAGGUUCUCUCCCAGUAUCUCCUAACAAGUGACUUUCACAUUCUGGUGAAUGAUUUGGAUGCUUUGCCUCUUGUGAACAGGAGUGCUGGCAGGCUGGUGAAGUGUGGUCACCGGGAGCUCCGGGGUGAGUUUGUAGCUCCUGAGCAGCGUUGGCCCUAUGGAGAAAAUGUGCCAUUCGAAGAUGACCUCAUGCCUCCCUAUGAUGAGAAAACAGACAUCUGGAAAAUCCCAGAUGUCUCAAAUUUUUUCUUGGGCCAUGUGGAAGGAAGUGACAUUGUACGCCUGCAUUUGUUUGACGUCCAUGCAGCGUGUAAGAAGAAGGACCCGGCAGAACGGCCCUCUGCCCAAGAGGUCUUAGACACCUACAGGAAAGUUUUAACUCUGCUUAUUCGGGAGGCAGCCAUGCCAGGUACUAGAGAAAUGUUAUAGUGAAUCAUGAGGCAAACAACUUUCUGAAGAUGAUGUCCUUCCUAUUUGUGUAGCGUGCCUGAAGGGUAAAAUGUCUGUCCCCAAAACUGAGAAGAAAAGAACAACUGAACUUGUACAUCUUGAUUAAAAAAAAAAAAAUUCCCCCAAUCUGAGAGCUGUGCAAGCUUUCCAUUGGCAUGUUUAAUCUACCAUUGGAAGAGGAGGAGGGAGAGAAAUGAAGUUGUGUGGGUGCAGGGGAAAUUUGUUCCUUAAGAAAUGAUAGAUUUUCUUCUGCAACAUUUACGCAAAAAAGUUCUUAAAAAUGACAGAAAAACAGCUAAAAAAUAUUGGUCUACCUUAACUUGUUGGCAGAGGACUGGAGAGCAGAGACCCCCCCCCUCCCCCCCACAAGCUUUGUGCUGAUUCCUGUGGCUUUGGCCUGUGUUGUAUCCACAAAGCCCUCACCUACUUUCCCAUGGAGUAAAAGCAGUGGUCACUCAGAAAGUAGUACCCCAGUUCACUUCAGAUUUUGGUGAGCCCCAGUGGCAGUCUCUCCCUGCUGGAUGGGGCAUAGGUUGUUUUUGGAGCCAUGCAGCCGUUGCUCUGUAUCCCAUACCAGCAAGUGGGUGGCCACUUUUGGAAGCAAGAAGAUGCUGCAGAUCCUGAAGAGUCAGCUUACAGACACAGGUUCUUGGUUUUCCAGCCUUUGUCCCGUGGUAUUCUUAGAUGGGCUCUUUAGAGAGAAGCUGUAGAAUGUGAGUCUCUUGCUCUUCUGUAAUCCACAGAAAUGCUGAACACUUUGGAAGAGGGCUGAAGUGUGUCUUUUUUUUUCAUUCGCUUAUCCUUGCUCGGUGCCAUCAUGACUCAACGGAAAGAACAAGGAACUGAAAGAGAAUGUGACUUCCACAGCAAUGAGCAUUAAACACAAGCCUUGGAAAAGAAAACUCCUGUAUUCAGAGCAUACAACUCUAUUGGGUCUGAAUUCAAAGUCCAGUAAGCAUAAAGGAAGGCUGCUAAAAAAUAGCCUUGUUCGGUGUGUUAGGAAAAAGCUUGUGGUACCUACAUGGGUGUAGCAGCCUGGUACCAACAGCUGGAGAGGAAGAAUAAUGAUGCCUUAAUCCAGCAGUAGGCUCAGUUUGGUGGGACUGGGAUGUAGUUGUUCUCUUGGUGAAAAAACGGGAAUAAUAUGAAUGAAAAACAUGGACUCCACCAUUGUCCACCUGAGGACUUUCUGUGCUGUGGACUAAAUCUUUGAAAGGCCUAAGAGACAGCUUCCAUGUUUUGACUUUAGAGGUGAUUUCUAAGCAGAGUACACCGCCCUUUUUGCUGAAGAGUUUGGUUCUGUUCUUUUCUGUGCUGCAAUUCCUCUUCACCUAAACAAGCCAUGUUAUGACUGCACUGAGAUCAUGCAGUCAAUUCAUAUAUAUAAUGUUCAAAUCCUGGUAUUAGAAUUUUAUUACAGAUGGGAAAACCUUCCUGCAAAUUAGUAAAUUCAUACCUGAUAUCAUACAAUGGCACCAGGAGCCCUUUAAAAGCUGCUAAUUAUGGCUUUCCUUUCCCUCUGGGCAGUCUGUUUUCUUAAAUUAGAUUACUUUUGCCAUUUUUCACUUGUCCAGUCCUUCCUUGCAGCUUUCCUGCCCAGAUUUUCAGGAGACAAUCUCAGAAAUCAGGGUCUCCAAAAGAGACCAGUGAUUUUGGAUGCUUCAGCUUUGUUUUGGACUUUGACUUGAAACACCUAAAAGAAGCCUGGAGAAAAAGAAUGCUCUGUUGUAAAUGUUUGUAAAUGUAAAUGUUCAUCCAGCCCAUGAACUCUUGACUUGUUAUUAUUAGGGUUAGAGUUCUACAGUUCCAGCAUGAGUACAGGAUGUGCAACAGUUGAGAAAGUCUCCUGUUACAGCUCCUUGAAGCCAGGGAUAAGGCUUUAAAGGGCCAAGAAUCAAAUCUUUUGCAUGUUCCCCCCACAAUAAUUUGUUACCUUUUGUUAACCAUCAUGAAAGGAAAAUCAGCAUCUGAUGGCUGUGAAUAACCAUCACAUGAGGGAUUUUUUAUGAGUGUAGCAAGGACAGACAAGAAGAACCUGACAAACAUCUUGUGCUGGUCUGCUGGGAUUCUUGCUCUGUUGUGUACUGUUGCACCUUGCAAACAGCCAUAUUAAUUUCACAGAGUGGAAAAAAUGAAAAAUUCUGGUUUUGAAUAAUUAUCUUGCCAUUGAGAUGACUCUCUCUGUUCCUGGAUGAAAUAGUUAUAAAUUUUUUUAAGAAAAGGUGUCUUCCUAAACAUUCACCCUGAGCAGUGGGUUCUCCUUGUCUCUUUCCCAUUCCCUCUCCUUCAGCUUGUGUGUUGUCCAGCGUUGUAUUUCAACAGGAAUAAAUCAGAUUUGUUCUGAAUACAG